AUGUCAUUAGUGGAUCAAGACGGAUUCAUGGACUUGUCCAAAAAGACCGACACUACAGACACAAAUACAGAAACAGAACCAAGUGGCAUUUGCUCAGACUCUGAUGAACAUUCUCAUUUACAACAACAGUCUAGUGGAAAUCCUCCCCAACCCUCACAACAAAGUUCGACGAAUCAGAGUCAAGAUGCCGCGUUGGGCAUAUCAGAGAUCUGCGAUCCUGUUACGGUCGCCAAAUGUUCCCCAAGAAGUUCCCAGCCGACGGAAUGUAAGAGCAGUCCUAGGGCAACUCCAGCUGAAGGUUGUGGUGAUAUAACUGGUCAGUCCUACCAGAGCCUGGACGCGUAUUCUGAGGUCAACAAGGCACCUGCCCAGCCAUUUAAUACUGUUAAUCCUCCCUCCGCACCAUCGGGGCAGGGGUCUAUGCCACCUUCGUAUGUCCAACUUCCCCACUCGCAAGCCGCCCCUAAAGCUCCUUUACAGAGGCAGUCUGGUUCAUCCAAAGGUAAUAAAGCGAACAAGGUCGCCAUCACCCUAUCUGCUGCUCUACGCUCCUCUCCAACUUGCCGGGAUGUCGGACAUAGUGCUCCAUUGUCCACCCCCACUACCACUGCGUCUAGUAUGUCUCAGGGCAGUGGUAGUACCGAUCAGACAGACUGGCGAGCUAGUUUCGAUCAAGAGCACCGAGACCACGUUGUCCGUAGAAUAUUGAGGUAUAUUUUUGGUCUGCAGGUAAAUCCAGCUGCUGACAGCGACCCACGAAUGGCAAGCGUGAUAGAAUAUGCAAGAAAGUUGGAGAACGCGAUAUAUAACACUGCAAAGGACAUGACGCAGUAUUUCGAGUUGCUGUCGGAGCGAUGCUUCGUUUUAUACGCAGCGCUGGAAGAGUCUCGCCGGCGUCGCGAAAUUGUUAUGUCCGUGUCAUCCCAUAACACCACACCUGCCUCAAGACUUCCCAAUGACUCAGGGACAAGCAGUGAUGAAGUCGUAGAUCCUAAAGUAUCGUCUUAA